UCCUCCUCCACAUCUCCACCAGCCGGACACCGCCCCGUUGGUGUCUUCCCCUGCGCCCCCUUCUGCUCUCCCUCCCCCGCCCCCUCCUGCUCUUCCGCGCCCCCUCUCCGCUCGUCUCCUCCUCGAGCAGGACCGCACCGGACCUCCGCGACGCCUCUCUCUCUCUCCCUCCGGCCAUGACCGGCUCCUCUCCGGACGCACAGCCGCUGCUGGAUCCCAACAGUGCCCCGGCGGUUUUCUCCCUCUACGACGAUGACGCCGACGAUUAUGGUUCCCACCAGCAGGCCGAGCUGAGCAUUAACCACAACAGCGGAUCGACCGACCUUGACAGUGAGAUUGCCCCUUCGGCCUCCAGCGCCUUCCGCCGCGUCCAGUCGGCAUCGCAUGUGUCCAGCCUCGGGCAGCCGGUCCCCGGCGCCGAUGCGGCGCUUCUGCCGCCCGGCAAGGACACCGGCCUGUCCUACGAUGCCCUCUCCUCGGACGCCGACUCGGUGCAGACGCGCAACCGGUCGGCCACCUCACCCGGACACUUCGACACCAUGCCCGUCCUUUCACACCUGACGACCACCUUCCAGACCCUGAUGAAUAUCACCAAGUCCAUUGUUGGUGCCGGGUCUUUCAUGCUGCCGUACUGCCUGAAGAACAUGGGCAUCAUCGGCGGCUCCUUGACCAUCAUUCUUUUCGGCCUGGUUUGCACCUACUCCGUUCUCAUCCUGGUUCGGUGCAAGCGCCUCGUCGCGUCGCGCACCUUCAAGCGCGAGCUCACUUAUGUGGAUCUCGCGCGCGAGGUCUUCGGCCCCAGCCUCUCUGUGGGUGUUUUCCUUCUGCUGAUUUUCGCCUCCCUCGGUGUGAGUGCCUCCUACAUUGUCUUUGUCGGUGACACCAUGCACGAUGCGUACCCGAGGUUCUCAAGCUUCGAUUACAAGCUUGUCACCACGCUCAUCAUCCUGCCGAUCACCUGGCUUCGCACCCUCAAGGCCCUGUCCUACACGUCGGUCGUCGGAACCCUCUGCCUGGUCGUGGGCAUGGUCGUGACCAUGGUCUAUGGCUUCGAUCACCACCUGGAUGACCUGCGCACGGCCGACCCGACGCUCAUUCGCUUUGACACGUACUUCCACUCCUUCGGCUCGGUGGCUUUCCUCUUCUGCAUCAGCUUCCUGGUUCUGCCAAUUGAGCGGUCCAUGCGCUACCCCCGGCGGUUCUGGCUGCCGUUGGCCCUGUCGGUUGCCUUUGUCUCGCUGUCGAACAUCGUCUUCGCCAUCCUGGGCUACCUCUUCUUCGGGGAGGACAUCUGCUCCAACAUCCUGCACAACCUGACCAUCCCCUCGGUCCUGGUGGAUGUCAUCAAGGUGGCCAUCUGCAUUGACUUGAUUUUCACUUACCCGCUGAUUUUCUCCGCCGGCCGUGAGAUCGUCGAGAAUGCCCUCCUCCGCCCGGGCGUGGUGCACUCUCUCGACUACCUGAAGCGCUGUGGCAUUCGAACGGUCCUUGUGGCCCUGACCUUCGGCCUGGCCCAGGUGAAGUCCUUCGGCCUGAUCACCAACCUGGUCGGUGUGCCGAUGUCCCUGCUUGCCUUCGUCUGCCCGCCCAUGAUGCACUUCAUGCUGGUUGGCUGGCAUGGCGUCCGGCCGUUCGAGCGCUGGGUGUACACCCUGAUUGUGGUUGGCGGGCUGGCGUGCGCCAUCCUCACCACGGUCAUCGAGUUUAUCGUCGUGCGCGAGGAUUGCGGUGCCAUGGCCGACGCUCUGGGUGGCUGCAUCUCUUCGCUGGCCGCCGGUGCCGCCGCGUGAGCACAGAGGAAAAGCCCAACGGCCCAUCGAAGCGGCACGCCCCCAUUUUGGGAGCACGCUCAGACGCGCGCCUCUCCCUUCCUCCCCUCUCUCCCUGCCUUUCCUCCUUGUCGCAUGCGCUCCCGCGCGUCUGUGUCCUUGUAUUAUCCCCCUCUUUCCCUCCCCCGGGGAAAAAACAAAAACAAAAAACAACCGGGCCACGGAAAGAGGCUCCCCUCCACGCACACACACACACACACACA